ACUUAGAAAUUUGUUAAGUUGGUUAAUAAGUUAAAUUUGUAACUAUUGUGUUAGUGCUUGACAAAUUUAAUUUAUGAUUCUUAUGUAGAUGGAUCGUAGUUGGAUGUAUAAUAUGACUAAUUUUGGUCGAAUGGGGCUAAGACCUGAAUUUGUAGAAGGUGUCAUUGGUUUUGUGGAGUAUGCAAAGACAUUAGAUCCUUUUCAACGUAGUGGUAUGAUUAAGUGUCCUUGUAAUAAAUGUCAAUGUUUGAAUUAUGAAAAACCAGAUGCUGUUGAGCUUCAUAUCUAUCGAAAUGGGUUUAAAAAAGAAUACACUGUGUGGACUAGUCAUGGAGAAAUUGAUAAUAACUUUGAUGUAUUCCAACAUUAUGUUCCUGGUGAAAGUAGUAGCAAUGUGAAUUCUAAUGCACAAAAUUAUAGAAUUGAUGACAUGGUUCAAGAUGCUUUUGGUGUGCAUUCUGAUUUUGAUUUUGCUAAUCAAGGUGAAGAAGCUCCUAAUGUUGAAUGUAAAAUUUUCUUUGAACAAUUGGAAUCUGCUAGUCGGCCUUUAUAUGAGGGGAGUCCACACUCACAGUUGUCUAUUGCGGUUAGAUUAUUAAGUAUCAAAUCAGAUUGGAAUGUUCCUCAAGGGGCAAUGGACUCUGUGAUUGACCUUAUUCAUGAUUUAGUUGACCCAAAUCUAGAGAUACCUGAUAAUUUCUAUAAGGCAAAGAGGUUGGUAUCAAAGUUAGGAAUGUCAUCGAUGAGAAUUCAUUGUUGUGAAAAUGGUUGCAUGUUAUACUAUAAGGAUGAUAUUGAUCUAGAAUCGUGUAAGUUUUGUGGAAAAUGUCGUUAUAAACAGACAGCUAGUGGGAAGAAAGUUCCUAUUAAGGCAAUGCAUUACUUACCUCUUAUACCAAGGUUAAAGAGGUUGUAUGCGUCUAAUAGAUCUGCUCCUCAUAUGAGAUGGCACCAUGAACAUAGAAGACCACCUGGAGUUAUGUGUCAUCCAUCCGAUGGAGAGGCUUGGAAGCAUUUUGAUAGAACAUAUCCACAAUUUGCAGCUGAACCACGUAACAUUAGAUUGGGUUUAUGUUCAGAUGGAUUCACGCCACAUUCUGUUUCUGCUGCACCAUAUUCUUGUUGGCCUGUAUUUGUAACACCAUAUAAUCUUCCACCCGAGAUGUGUAUGACCAGUCCAUAUAUAUUUCUCAAUUGUGUCAUUCCUGGCCCUCGGAAUCCAAAAGUAUUGAUUGAUGUAUACUUGCAACCUUUGAUUGAUGAGUUGAAACAAUUGUGGGUUCAAGGGGUUGAAACAUUUGAUGUGUCUCUUAAGCAGAAUUUUAAUUUGCGGGCUGCCUUAAUGUGGACUAUUAAUGAUUUUCCAGCAUAUGGAAUGUUGUCAGGGUGGAUGACAGCGGGAAAGUUAGCUUGUCCUUAUUGUAUGGAAAAUACUAAAUCAUUCACUUUGAAACAUGGUCGUAAAAAUUCUUGGUUUGACUGUCAUCGACAGUUCUUGCCAAUGGAUCAUGAGUUUAGGAGUAUGAAAAAUGCAUUCAGAAAGAAUUCUGUUGAACAAGGUUAUCCUCCUCCAAUCUUAACUGGAGAACAAGUUUGGGAGAGGGUUCAAAACUUUCCAAAGGUCGCAAAAGAACAACCCUAUAAAUUUGAUGGAUAUGGUGUUGCACAUAACUGGACAAAACAAAGCAUAUUCUGGGAGUUACCGUAUUGGAAGGACAAUCUUCUUCGACAUAAUCUUGAUGUCAUGCAUAUUGAAAAAAAUUACUUUGAUAAUUUAUUUAACACAGUAAUGGAUGUCACUGGCAAGACAAAAGAUAGUGUUAAAGCUAGAAUGGACUUACCUGAAUAUUGCAGGCGAAAAGAGUUAUGGUUGCAAGAGAAACAGAACAACAAGUUCUUCAAGCCUAAGGCUAGUUAUUCAUUUACAAGGGAUCAAAAGCGUAAAAUUUGUGAAUGGGUCGAGCAACUUAAGAUGCCUGCUGGACAUGCUUCAAAUUUAGGAAAAUGUGUUGAUAUGGAGCAUGGAAAAUUACAUUGUAUGAAAAGUCAUGAUUGUCAUGUCUUCAUGGAAACAUUACUCCCCGUUGCAUUUAGUGGCUUGCCUGAUAGAAUUUGGAAACCUAUGACUGAAAUCAGUUUGUUCUUCAAGGACUUGUGUUCUAAUACGUUAAGGGAAGACAACCUAGUUCAGAUGGAUCAGAAUAUUCCUGUAAUUACGAAUAAGUUGGAGAAGAUUCUUCCACCUGGAUUUUUCGAUGUGAUGGAGCAUCUUCCUGUACAUCUAGUGCAUGAAGCACGCCUUGGAGGUCCGGUUCAAUAUAGAUGGAUGUAUCCUUUUGAGAGGACUAUUGGAAAGUCUAAACGGGGCAUGAAACAAAAUCAUAGAGUUGAAGGCUCAAUGGUUCAAUUCCAUCUUGGUAGGGAGAUAACUAAUUUUGGUUCUUAUUACUUUAAAAGAAGUGUGUCAUGCUUUCAAAAUAGACCCAAUUGCCAUGACGAUGGUGGUGAGACUAUGAAGCCACUAUCAAUCUUCAAUCAACCAGGCAAAGGUUCAAAAAAACGCACAAGGAGGAAUCUUAGUGCCAUUGAGUUGCAGUCUGCAUCUACACAUGUCUUAUUGAAUUGCCCACAAGUUAAACCAUUUGUUGAUUACUUUGUGCAUUUAUAUGGCAAUGAAAGAGUAUUUGAGAAUUUCUCAAAGUGGUUUCAAGAUUACAUUUAUGACACAAAAAAUGGUCAAUUUGACCAAUUUUUGAAGGACAUUUCUUGGGGACCCAUCAAGACUUAUUCAAUGAAUAAGUAUGUUGUUAAUGGUUUUAAAUUCACUACUGAAGAAUACUCCAAAUAUAAAAAAACUAACAAUAGUGGAGUUUGGGUAAAAGGUGGUGAUGGAAAUCUAGAUGGAGUUGAUUAUUAUGGGGUACUCAAGGAGGUUUUGGAAAUGGAGUAUUCCGGUUGGCCUACAAAAAAAAUUAUAUUAUUUAGAUGCAAGUGGUUUGAUCCAACCCCCAAAAGAGGUACGAGAGAAAUCAAACAAUAUAAUAUCAUUGAAGUAAAGCACACAAGGGAAUAUGAAGCUUAUGAUCCUUUUAUUAUUGCACAAAAUGUUAAGCAAGUGUACUAUGUUCCUUAUCCCUUGCGUCCAGAUAAAGCUGAUUGGUGGGUGGUUAUUAAAACCAAACCCAUGGGCCGUGUGGAAGUUGAAAACGUGUUGGAUGUUGCAUACCAAAAUGAUGAUUCAUCAAUUGUUCACCACACCGUCGAUAUUGAAUUAGAAAAUGAUUUAGAGCAUCCUGAACACAUAUUAGAAGAGGUUGAUAUGGAAGAAAUAACAAAUGAAGGGGCAAAUGCAACAAUUCAUGAGGAUGAGUUUGAAGAGUAA